CUUCUCCCCGCCCGGCGGGCCGGUGGCGGCAGCCAGGAAAUGGUCCGGGCCUAGCGGAGCGGCGAACGGAGCAACAUGAACCGUGAAGACCGGAAUGUGCUGCGAAUGAAAGAAAGGGAAAGGCGAAAUCAAGAGAUUCAGCAGGGUGAAGAAGCCUUCCCACCCAACUCUCCUCUCUUUGCUGAACCCUACAAAGUUACCAGCAAGGAAGACAAGUUGUCUAGUCGGAUUCAGAGCAUGCUUGGUAAUUAUGAUGAAAUGGAUGAUCUUAUAGGAGACCGCUCAGUACAAAAGCUUGUUGGAAUCCCCAAACCAACUGUACCAUCAGCACCAGAUGACAAAGCAAACCAAAGUUACUUUGGUGAUCAGAGACAUAAUCCCAGCUCCCAUCAGAGCAGCAAAUGGACUCCUGUAGGACCAGCACCUAGCACUUCCUCGCAAUCCCAGAAACGGUCCUCAGGUUUACAGAGUGGGCACAGUGCUCAGCGUGGCAGUGGCAAUAACAGCGGCAGCAGCGGCCAGAGGCACGACCGUGACUCCUACAGUAGCAGCAGCAGCCGCAAAAAAAGCCAGCAUGGGUCUGAACACUCCAAACCACGUUCUUCCAGCCCUGGAAAACCAUCUGCUGUUCCUUCGUUGAGCUCCAGCCAUUCAAGAUCUCAUGGAAGUGAUCACCACAGUAAAGAACAUCAACGUUCAAAGUCUCCCCGGGAUCCUGAUGCUAACUGGGACUCUCCCUCUCGUGUACCCUCAUUUUCGAGUGGACAACACCCUAAUCAGUCUUUUCCACCUUCACUAAUGUCCAAGUCCAGUUCAAUGUUGCAGAAACCCACAGCAUACGUAAGGCCAAUGGAUGGGCAGGAAUCCAUGGAACCAAAGUUAUCUUCUGAACACUACAGUAGCCAGACUCACAGCAGCGGGGUGAAUGAGCUGAAGCCUAACAGCAAAGCACAUCUAACCAAGCUGAAAAUCCCUUCUCAACCUCUAGAGGCAUCAGCAUCUGGUGAGGUGAGCUGCGUGGAUGAGAUUCUAAAAGAGAUGACCCAUUCUUGGCCUCCUCCACUGACUGCUAUUCAUACACCAUGCAAAACUGAACCGUCAAAAUUUCCUUUUCCAACAAAGGAGUCUCAGCAGCCCAGUUUUGGCACGGGGGAGCAGAAGCGUUACAAUCCUUCAUCAAAAACAUCCAAUGGUCAUCAGUCCAAAGCAUGUGAAUCGAACCAGACAGAUAUGUUGAAAGAUGAUUUAAAACUUAGCAGUAGCGAAGACAGCGAUGGAGAGCAGGACUGCGAUAAGACAGUGCCAAGGAGCACACCUGGAAGUAACUCUGAACCUUCACAGCAUAACAGUGAAGGAGCAGAUAAUUCACGGGAUGACUCGAGCAGCCAUAGUGGAUCUGAAAGCAGUUCAGGAUCUGACUCUGAAAGUGAAAGCAGUUCCAGUGACAGUGAAGCUAAUGAACCAUCCCAGAGCGCAUCCCCCGAGCCAGAGCCACCACCAACAAACAAGUGGCAACUGGAUAACUGGUUGAACAAAGUCAACUCACACAAAGUAUCACCAGCUUCUUCCGUGGACAGCAAUAUUCCAUCUUCCCAAGGCUAUAAAAAGGAGGGACGGGAUCAGGGCACAGGGAGCGGAUACACUGAUCAAAGUGGAUCCAAGGAUUCCAUUUCCUCUACACCGGGGCGAGAUUCCAAACCCACUCAAAAGGGCUCGGAGGGCAGUCGUGGCAGGCAGAAAUCACCUGCCCAGAGUGACAGCUCCACACAGAGGAGGACUGUAGGUAAAAAGCAGCCCAAGAAAGCAGAAAAGACAUCUGUUGAAGAGCCUAGAGGAGGUCUUAAAAUAGAAAGUGAAACCCCAGUAGACAUGGCAACAAAUAUCCCUUCCAACAGGCAUAAGGCAGCCACAAAAGGCUCCAGAAAACCCAAUAUAAAGAAAGAACCCAAAUCUUCCCCUCGGCCUACAACAGAGAAGAAGAAAUACAAGGCUUCAAGCAAAUCUGCCCAGAAAUCCAGGGAAUUCAUAGAAACAGAUACCUCAUCCUCUGAUUCAGAUGAAAAUGAGAGCCUGCCUCCUUCCUCACAAACACCCAAAUAUUCUGAGAGCAAUAGGACUCCUGUUAAAUCUUCCAUGGAGGAGGAUGACAGCUUUUUUCGGCAAAGAAUGUUCUCUCCUAUGGAAGAGAAAGAGCUUCUUUCACCACUCAGUGAUCCUGAUGAAAGGUACCCACUCAUUGUGAAGAUUGACCUGAGCCUCUUAUCAAGAAUACCAGGGAAGCCUUACAAGGAUGCUGACGCACCCAAAGUGGAAAAGAAACCCGUGCCAGAGAAGCACACGAGAGAAUCCCAGAAGCAGCCGUCUGACAAGAGUUCUACAAAAGGCAAAAGGAAACACAAGCAGAACGAGGAUGAGAACAGAGCCAGUGAAAGCAAGAAAACAAAACUGGAAGAAAAAGCUCCAUCAGGACACAAGACUUCCAGCAACAGGGAGUCCUCAAAGCCAAGUGCUAUUAAAGAAAAGGAUUUGCUGCCAUCUCCUGCUGCCCCAGUCCUGCAGAAAGAUGCCAAGCAAGAGCAUGGCUCCCGGAAGAGGACGGUCAGUCAGUCCUCAUCCCUGAAGUCCAGCAGCAACCUUGGCAAAGAGGGCAGUGGUGGCAGUAAAGGCAGCUCGUCUUCCAAACAGAAGAAAACAGAGGGCAAGGGUUCUAGCAGUGCUAAAGAAACCAAGGAAAAGAUUCUGACCAAUUCAUCCAGCUGCCCUCCUGUGUCUGCUCAGUCUGCGGAGAGCUCAAAGUCAAGAAGAGCAAAACUUGUUUUUGAUGAUAGGACUUAUUCAGCUGAUCAUUAUCUGCAAGAAGCAAAGAAGCUAAAACAUAAUGCUGAUGCAUUGUCUGACAGGUUUGAGAAGGCUGUCUACUACCUAGAUGCUGUAGUGUCGUUCAUUGAGUGUGGGAAUGCAUUGGAGAAAAAUGCUCAGGAAUCCAAGUCCCCGUUCCCUAUGUAUUCAGAAACUGUGGAAUUAAUCAAAUACACUAUGAAGCUGAAGAAUUACUUGGCACCGGAUGCCACGGCUGCAGAUAAAAGGCUAGCAGUGCUUUGUCUGCGGUGCCAAUCUCUGCUAUACCUAAGGCUUUUCAAGCUGAAGAAGGAAAGUGCAUUGAAAUACUCUAAAACUCUGACUGAACAUCUGAAGAAUUCCUAUAACAAUUCUCAAGCGCCGUCACCUGGUAUGGGAAGCAAGCCCGUGGGUAUGCCAUCUCCAGUCUCUCCAAAGCUGUCUCCAGGGAAUUCAGGAAAUUACUCUUCCGGGGCAGCCAACCCUUCAGGAAGCGGGUCCUCGGUGACGAUCCCCCAGAGGAUCCAUCAGAUGGCUGCCAGCUACGUCCAGGUUACAUCCAACUUCCUCUAUGCCACUGAAAUAUGGGACCAAGCCGAACAGCUGUCUAAAGAACAGAAAGAGUUCUUUGCCGAACUGGAUAAAGUUAUGGGCCCUCUGGUUUUUAACUCGAGCAUCAUGACAGACCUAGUGCGUUACACCCGUCAGGGAUUACACUGGUUGCGCCUGGAUGCCAAGUGAUAUUUGGAACUGAAGGAACGGAAACUCAAACACAUUUUUCUCGCUGCCUCUGAUUUAUCUCCACAACACUGUGUCAUGUCAAUAAGGAAGACUGCCAUAACACAUUGCUUAGUUGACACUAAGAGCAAAGAAUGCUUUCACACGUCUCCCAUCCUCAUUUGUGUUUUGUGUUUUAACCCCAAAUCAUUUGGUUAUUGGACUGCUUCAGUAUUCCCAGUUUAAGUUAUUUAAGUAUUUUAUAAUUUGCUACAUAGAAAGGAGUAGUUUUGCUGAUCUGUCAUGGGCAGAUCACUGGAAUUCCAGUCACAAUACAGGAAUAGUCCAUUUAAAUCCUAUUUAUUUGAAUUUUUUAAUUUUAAGUUUGAACAGCCCGGUUUUGGGGCAGUUCUUAGUUAUUCCCUAAAUUUACCCUUUCAAGUACUUAGCAGAAAUUAAACAUAGACACUUUAUUUAAGUACUUUGUGAGCUUCGUUACUCUGUAAUGUCUUGUGGUGGUAGAGCCUGUAAAGGAAGUAGGGUUGAUAGGUUCUAACGUGUAGGGACACCAUUCUUUCCAUGCCUAAUGCCUACGAGUCAACUAAUAAAUGACAACUACAGAUUUAUUAUUGCAGAAUUUGUACUAAAUAGAAAAGUUCCAGAUAUUCUUCUACGUAGUAAGAUACUUCAUUUAAAUGAAUUAUAAAGAAAUUUAUAUGGAAAAGUAUUUAGCUGGAUCUGACUUGGAUGGUUUUCCAGGCAGUUUCCAAACACGGAUUAACACUAUAACAAUCACAAAACAUUACAGUGAUUUGCGUUCAAUGUGAGAUCAAGGAAAUGGUGUAGGAAUGAGCUUCAGCCCGGCAGGUGCGAUGCAGACAGGAAAGGUUUCUGAAAAGGACAAUCUUGUGCUUUUUUGCAUCUCUUCAUUUGAAAUACCUUUUGUUUCCGUGCUUGUCGUUUCCUGACACCUCCAGAGUCGGUGAACUUUGUGGUGAACAAACCCAACAGCAGUUAAAUUCCUACCAGAACUGUCAUUUGCAUCUUUUCCAUUGACUGAGAAACCAGGAAUCUUUAGAAACCGAGGUCCAUUUUUUCCUUUUAGGGUCUGAUAGGUGAUGGACACUACAGGAUGACAGUGCAAGAGCCGUCGUGGGGUGGGAGCACACCUGCUAUUACAGGGAGAGUGACUGUUGUGAUGCAGAAUGGAUUUAAAACUUGUAUUUACCCCGUGUUGAUGAAGGUCCCGUUAAUGUUUGAUGGAGCAUAAUACUCACUUGCGAGGGAGCGACUUGGUGCAACAGAAGUGGUUGAUGGAGUUGCAGUUGCCUGCUCUCAAAAGUGAAAACCAAAGUACCUUUCCACGUGAGGUGCUUGUCUGAGUUAAAGGUUUAAACUGCUACUGCUUUCAGUAUCGCUUAGUGCCCCUACCAUGUCUGGUGUGCCUUAUGCCUUACUUUUAGAUGAAGAUUUUAUGAACUGUUUACAAGAUGUUUUACAGCAGGACCAGGUAUAUACUGUAUGCAGUGGUCUUCUGCAGUACUCUGGUAAAAUUCCAUUUCCUUUCUAAAAGUCCUAGUGUCCGUCACGCAAACUGACUUCUCAUUACGGUGGUCUCCUUCUGAAGAGUCCAACUCUGAAUCCUUUGGAGUGAGAUUGUGGAAUGCUGCUUUGUUUUCUCUCCCACUUCACCUUUUCUUCCAUACCAGAUAUGAACGUGCAUGUUCAGGAAAAUGAUUGCACUAAAUUUUGUGUGUAGUUGUAGUUAAGUGCCAAACUCACGGCAACCUCGCGAGAAGGAAUAGAAUUCUACGCUCUCAGUACUGCAGUAUGUCCUAUGGGCUUUAAGAGUUUAGAAGUUUUGCAAUUAGUAACCUACUAAAGGUAGCUGCAUAUUCGUAGAGCUUCCUUUGCGUUCCAGCGUGUUUUGUACUUCCAGAAAAGCUUUGCUACAUACAAAUGGAUGGAUACAUGGGCAACAGACCUGUGACUCUUCCCAUGACAGCUGAAUUUCCUCUUCAGGUCUGUUGGAACAUCCUUUUCCUUGAAUCACUGUGCAAGGUCACGUUUCUGUUAGCGUUUGCUGUUUGAGAUAGAAUCUGUACCCUCAGACUCCACAUCUUGGCUAAUGGGACACUGUCAACUUGUUUUCCUUUAAUACUCUAAAGUGCCUAGCACACUUUUGACGCUAUAUAAAAGAUACCUUCAUAGAAGUUGCAGUCAUUGUUUCUUUUUUGUGUAGUGCUGUACUAGCCGGCAUGGCUGCGUUCUGGCUUGCUCCGUUGUGCACAGGUACCAUUCCUAGUAGCGGGAAUGGGCUCAUCUCUGGGAAUUAUUUUUCUUUUCCUUAACUAGAGUCCCACAAAUACCUUUUGGUGUCACGUUCAAUUGGUCUCUUAAAAACGUAUCACUUAUCCCUAGAUCAGUGGAUCUUUAUGGUCUUUGAACAACUGCAGGAUGUUAUCAUAGGAAGCAACCAGGUUGGAAAAGACCUUUAAGACCAUCAAGUCCAACUGUUCCCCAGCACUGCCAAGGCCACCACUAAACCGUGUAACUAAGAGCCUCAUCUGCAUGGUUUGUGGACACUUCCAGGUACAGUGACUCCAGCACUGCCCUGGGCAGCCUGUUCCAAUGCCUGACCACCCUUUGGGGAAGGAAUUGUUCCUAAUAUCCAGUCUAAACCUCCCCUGGUACAGCUUGAGGCUGUUUCCUCAUGUUCUAUCACUUGUUACUUGGGAAAAGAGACCAGCCCCUGGACAUCACGUCAAAAUGUGGACCUGACUGGUUGAAAGUGUCCCACCUGGACAGUGGAUUUUUGGGGUGGAAUAUCCCUGGAGCACUGUCCCAGGCCACCUGCCAUACAGGAGAUAUUGGUGGCCUCAUGAAUUGAAAAGAAAUGCCUUAUGCAUCUGUGGCUAGUUCAAAAGGAUAAACUUCCCCAUUCCAAAAGCACACCUUAUUUUGGGAUGUACUGUUGUUUCCGGGAGGAAAGUGAUGUACUCUGUCAGAUUCUGUAGCUAAGUGCUCAAUAGGCUUCCAUCCCUCUGUCCUAGUGCAGGCGACAGGUCUCACCCAGUUCUUCCAUAGCUGUGACACACGUCACUGGGGUACCAAUACGCGUCGCACUAGUGACAAAUGAGGGAAUCCUGAACUCCUGCCUUCCCAGAUGGAUCCCCCAGACACUUGUCUGUUAAAUACAUAUCAAUGCUGUGAUUUUAAUUCCCUCGCUGACUGUGGUCCUAGUUGGUGAAUCUUAAUAAUGGCUUACUCAGACUAGGCUUGCUCAGCUAUCAGUGCUGUCUGAAUCCGCUCUCAGACUUCAGGGUCCUGGGUGAUAAGGUGCAACCGUCAAUAAGUCUAAACAAAUAUUGAGGACACCAGAGAGAAACAGCCCUAGACUUUUCUUUUGAUUUAAAACUAUUAGCCAUAAAGCAGAGCAUCUGGGUGGCUCUUCUUGGCUUUUGAUGGCAGUAUGCAAUUUGUAUUGUAUGUGUCUUUUAAUAUAUAUGUAUAUAUAUAUGAACUCAGUCUGUCCAAAGUAUAUGUUAUACUUGUUUUUAGAUUAUGGUGCAACUGACUAUAUUGAUAUAUUAUUUAUUGAGUGCAGAAUCACCAUCUUAUUGGUGAUAAAUAUUGCAUAUUAUACAGGAGUGCAAUGUAUAUUCCUUUAGAUUGCUGAGGCUUGAUUGCUGUGAUCACAAAAAGAUGCCCUCAACUGUAUUUAUGAACGGCCCCAACACACCGAGUCAGUACUUCAUAGGAAUAAUGUAGCACUUGCCUGGGGCAAGUAAAACUAACGCCAUAGGCACAUCAGGAGGUGGUUUGCCAAAGUGGCAAGCUGCUGGAGGAAGAGAGACUACCUUUGCUGUAUUUAAUAGUUUACCUAACAGGUAUUUGCUGUCACUGCAGUGUUUAUAUUAAGGGAUUGAAAGGGCCUGAGCAAGUCCAGUUUGAAUUACCCAUUGGGGAGUCAGCAGCUUCCAAAUUCUUACAUUUCUGACAAAUACUGUGGUCGGGGUUUCGGUUUCUCUGUCUGAUGAAUCAGUGUUAUGGAAAACCCUGUGUUUCCAAGCAACAAAGCGAACGCUAGACAUCUGUGAGAGUAGCCAAAGCUUUUGCUAGCCAACUCAGACAAAUCCAGAGCUGUUCUGGGAGACAAAUCCCCUACAUAGGAAAGUUAAACUCAGUCAAUCGGGGAAUCAUGAUUUAUGUCCAGUUCCCUUACUUGCAGGAACUGGGCUGCGCUGCCGGGGUGCUGUUUCUUAGAAUCAUAGGAUGGUUUGGGCUGGAAGGGACCUUCAAGGGACUUCUAGUCCAACCCCCCUGCAAUGAGCAGGAACAUCUUCCACUAGAUCAGGUUGCCCAGAACCACAUCUGGCCUGGCCUGGAAUGCCUCCAGGGAUGGCUUUUGGAAGCGAGCGGUGCUGGGUGGGAGGUGAGGGCUGGUUGUGCCAUCAGGAUGUUGUGGUCUCGGUGGGAGCCCAAUGGAGCAGCAGCUCUGCCCUGGCCAAGGGCAACCUCAGCUCUGCUCCUGGCUGGUGCUCGGAGGGGUUGUGGAUGUGGUGGCACAGUGUGGAGUUUCCCACAGGAUGUCUAACGUGAAUGCUUCACUUGGUUUAAUUCCAUCUGGAAGCUUGAGGAAAGUGUUUCCCUUCCUGGUGUAACUCCACACAUGCUGAUGGAGCCAAUACAGGCAGAUUGGGACGCGGCAUUCCUGCCUCCAGUUUUUAUAUGCAAGCCCGAUGGCUGGUGCCGCAUUCCCCUGGGCUGCGCUGGCAUCCCACACCCCAGGACUCAACUCUAAGGACCAGGCAUGACUUUUGCAAGCACAGUUCCUGACAUUUGUAUCUGGUCCCCCCCCUUUUAAAAUUGUUUUAAGAAAUUUUGUAUAUGGAGGAUAAAGUGCUUAUAUAUUUAUUAAAACAAAUCCUUUAUCUUAUUUGAAAUUAUUAUUUGGUGAAGAAGGGUUUUUCUUUUGGGGGAGGGCUCGCGGGUGGGGGAAGGUCACUUUGAACCUGUCACUUAUAAGUGAAGCCCUUAUUAACCACUCGGAAAAGGUACUGUUAGUAAUUAAUGGGAUGUCUCUGUUUUAUGCUUUGUACAUGACGAGUCCAUGUGUUACAUUUUGUUUUCUAUCAGAGUAUUUAGGCAUCUGUCUUCAACCAAAACCUAAAAGAAGAAAACACAGACUGUGAUUUUAUUUGUUGCAAUACAUUUGAAAUUUCAAAGGGUACUUCGGGGCUCAAAAUUAGGAUUUCUAAGUCAGUAUGUGCAUUUCACGUAAUAAAGCUGUUAAUGGUGAGCAAAGUAUUAUAUACUAACUAGAUUUUUUUCCACAUCUGUAUAGUAUAUUCUAUGUAUUUUGUGGUAUUGAGAUUAUAGAAAGUUUAGUGUCUGAAACAUGCGUUUAAUGUGUAUUUUUAAACAAAUUUAUGGCAAUUAAAAUAUUUGGAGAAAAGGGUAUCACAUUUCAAUUUGUAAAGAUCUUUUUAACUACUGUGUCAUUAAAAUGCUUUGUACAAUGCAAAACUGUAACUGGAGAAACUAAGUUUAAUAAAUAUCAAAUAGAUUUUCUGUAUUAAACUUCAAAACCAC